AUGAACGCUGAUGAUGCAUUGGCUCAGGCGGAACUAGAUCAAGGCCUUCGGGAACUGGAAUUGGCUGAGAAGAAGCUGAAUGGUCUGCGCCUCAACUUGGAACUCUUGGAAGAGGACAAAAAAGACGCUGCGAGGCGUCGGAGGAAAUUGGGUCGAUUGCGUCGUCGGGGUGAUACAUCGGACGAGACCUUGCAGAGUUUGAGCGUGGCUCGGGCGGAAUUCUCAACUCGUUUGGACAAGUACCAGGCUCACAUCAAACCUGUGCAGGACGCCCAACGUCAGGUCAAGGAACUACGACAGCGAGUCUACUACUGGAAAAAACUGCAGUACUACACAACGCCCGAAAAGCCCGACCGUACAACGGACAGCACAUCCAGCAGCUCUGGAGUUCAUUCGCAGCCAACAUGGACAAGGCCCGUGUGUGAAAAUCACACUGAGCGCAUUGAUUUGUCGGGGCUGGUUUCUCGCGGUAGACAUCACGUUACUUUUGGAGCAACAGACCCAGGAAUGGCCAAGAUGCUGCAAACGGUGGGAAUUUCGGUCAGGGAUAUGUCGCGCCGCUUAAACAUCUACAAUAUGCUACAAGACCUUGCAGACACACAGGACACGGAAAGGACUUUACUCCUCCAACACGAGCUGGCGCAGGAGCUGCAGGAGCCAGUAGCCGUUCCCCCUGUGAUUACUACUACAGCACCUCAAAUCAAUCAUCUCGCACAGUCAACACAGAGUGCCAAAAAGCGACAACGCCGCAUAACCCAGGAUAUAACUGCCGCAUACAACACUCUCAGCAACAAUUCAGUGCAGCAUAUCUACACACCCCAGGACCUGAAUAACGCCCGUGCAGCCAAGUCGGCAACACGGUCCCUGCUGCGCGACUUUGAACGAACUAAGGCGAAUUCAAAGGACAGGAGAACCACAGAACUGCUGACCAAGAAGGCGUAUGCUGCUUUGGCAGCCAAAGAGCGCCGUUUCAUUCAGUCAUGUGAUACUGUGCCAGGGUUAACGACGGAGAAGGCGAAAAGGCAGGACUCGUCGACCACCACUACUCCUCCUUUGUUGGUUGAUCUGACAACGGCACCUGCAUCGAGCCAAGUUCCUAUACUUUUGCCAACGGAAUCUGGAUCAUCGAAUGUUACACUAUCGACAACACCAGCAACCAACCAGCUCUCCCCGCCGCUUGAAAUCGACGAUGGCUUUUGCGAAUGUGGCAUGUAUCACAUUUCGAACCAUACCUAUGGAUCCUACCGUCAUGGGUCGCAUUGUCCCCGUCGCUAUCCCAAGGCUCUGCCGGUGAUAUUUUAUGGAGGAGCCGGUACUGGCGUCGGCUCUACCAUCAAGGGCUUUUCAAGGAGAGGAGGAGGAAAGACGCGUGAGCAACACAGACGCUACUGUGUCGUGGGCAUAACCAACGAGAAUUUGACGUCUAAACUCUGCUGUGUCUGCCUGGAGCCUGUACGCCUUGCCUCUGCCCGAAGGAUCAUCGGAGGACAGAUCCGCACAGUUCGAAUCAAUGGAAGCGUUAUCUGCCAGAACGCCGUGUGCCCACUUAGAAUAGUGGGAAAUGGGAGACUUGCACCCACGGAUACUCAAAAGCCUAUUCACAUUGCCACCAUGGCCAGCACCGCAAAAGCUGUUCCAGAGGCUACUCAAGUGGGAGACUAUAUUGUCGAGUACGAGAUUGGCCGAGGAUCCUUUGCAACCGUCUACAAAGGUCACCACAGGGUGAGUUCGCACGCGCGGAGUGGUGGAGGUGGCCGCGCCUUCUUCAACUUGGUGACUAAAGAACCUGUUGCCAUCAAGUCUGUCCUUCGUUCUAAGCUCACAAAGAAGCUGCUUGAGAACCUUGCCAGCGAGAUCAACAUUCUCAAAGGCAUUCGACAUGAUCAUAUCGUCGCCCUUGUCGACUGCAGGGAAACCGAGACUCACAUACAUCUAGUCAUGGAGUACUGCUCACAGGGAGACCUUUCACAGUACAUCAAGAGGAAGGGCGACGGACCUCCGUCGUUGCCUUCCCCUCCAGGCGGUGGUCUCCAUGAAGUCGUCGUUCGUCAUUUCUUGAAGCAGUUGGCUUCUGCCCUGGAGUUCCUUCGUUCCAAAAAUCUCAUUCAUCGCGAUCUCAAACCACAGAAUCUACUUUUGCACCCUUCGAGUAGUGCUAAGGAAGGAAGCGGAUAUGGGUUGCCAGUGCUCAAGAUUGCAGAUUUUGGAUUCGCCCGCUCAUUGCCUCACCUUAGCCUGGCAGAGACACUUUGUGGUUCCCCACUUUACAUGGCACCAGAGAUUCUCCGCUACGAAAAAUACGAUGCUAAGGCAGAUUUGUGGAGUGUCGGCACUGUUUUGUACGAGAUGUGCACUGGAAAACCACCAUUCAGGGCGCAAAACCACGUCGAGCUCCUCAAGAGGAUAGAGAAGGCACAGGACGCAAUCACUUUUCCUGGAGAGACUAUCACGGAAGACCGGUCUGGAUCUUCUCCCCACAGCCACGCCAAUAUCAUCCCUAUCAGCGACGACAUUAAGGACUUGAUCCGACAGCUGCUAAAACGGAACCCCGUAGAGAGAAUCUCGUUCGAGGAGUUCUUUAUGAACCCAACAGUCUCCAAUCUGGCGCCCCGUGUCCGGUCUCGAUCAUCUGCGAAUGGCGCGUCUGGUCAGGACUUUGCUAGGAAUGAUUCAUUCCCAAUGGAGUCUCCCAGGAAAUCGUCAGUUCCUAACCCGUCACAGCACUACUACGAUUUAUCAUCGCAGCGGGACAGGAACGAUAGGCGGACAUCCAGUACGGGCCAUGCGCGGGAGCCCUCAGAUAGGGUCAUCGAGACCACUCUUCGGUCAAGACCAAGACCCACCCGGAGCGGAUCGCCCUCGUCUGCACCUGAUAGUCGACCUCCACUUCAACUACCCCUUUCGUCGCCAAAAUCCCACCACGCGUAUGUAAAUGGUCUUGGCAACCAACCAUCUCACACGGAUUACCAGACCCAACCAUCUUCCCUACCCAUCAACCCUUCCAGCCGGCGGACGCGAACCACGGAUAUCGGCUCAACGGACCCUUCCAACCGGACAUUAACACCACAGCCCUCUUCACAACCGUAUCGUCGCAACACUCUUGUCGGGAUCCCUGAUGCACGCCGGUACAGCGCACCUGAAGAUGAUUCACUCCUGGAUACAGACUACGUCGUCAUUGAGAAGCGUGCCGUGGAGUUGAAUGUGCUUGCAGAUGAGGUGGCAGGAUCACCGACGCCUAGCUCUACCCGCACCAAGAAUGGAUACCAGCAAGGCAACAUUCUUUCACCGCCCAUACCUACAUCGUUGACCAACUAUCGGACACCGCCACCACCGUUUAUACCCUACCCGCACUCGACUACAAACCAGUCACCGCCUUCCAACGCCCACCUCUUCUCCACAACUCCGCCUUUUGCUCUACCAAACACCCCAGCACCAGAAGAACCCAAACCUAUCCCACAGCUGCAGCGACCCAUCUUGGGUCAGAUCCAGUCACUGCCUUCGCCUGUGAGCGUGCGUUCUGGAAGUCCGCGUGAAAGCGGCGCCACCUCUGCACUUGCCAAAGCCAUCUCUAUGGCCUCUAUGCGACUUUUUGGCGCCUCCUCGUCUCCACCCUCAUGGAAGAGCAACACUUCGCUGAUCGGGUUUGACGACACACCCAACAGGAAUGGGGGGACGGCAGAAGUGCCACCAGAGGAGAGUCCUGUUUUGCAGUCCAUAGAAGAUACAGCCCAUAAGGCCUAUGUUGUCUCACAGUUUGCCGACUCCAAGAUGCAGGGUAUUCGUCCAUUGGAUGAGAUGGGAUUCUCGCCCUCAGAAGACCAUGAGCCAAGUCGGGACAGUCUUUUGGCAGAGGAAGCAUUCUUUCUUUACCUCCGCGCGCUUGCCUUGUUACAGGCAGGUAUGGAUACUGCCCGCCAGUACUGGGAAGAGAGACGACAGGAUACGAAGCCGGCAUCGAUGCGACUCAACAGUGGUGUCCAGUGGAUCCGCGACCGAUUCAACGAAUGUCUUGAAAAGGCCGAGGCUGCCAGGCACCGUUCAGGAAUUGACCAUCGGGACGAAAGCGGCGUCGUCAUUGAGAAACUGAUCUAUGAACGCGCAUUGGAGCUUAGUAAAUCGGCAGCUCUGAAGGAGCUGGUGAGCGACUACUAUGGUGAAAGUGAAAAGUCGUACCAGACAUCGAUCUGGAUGUUGCAUGCGAUCUUGGAUGGUGCCGGUGAGGACGGACGAAGCGAUGCCAUCGAAGACGACGACCGCGACAUCUUGAACAAACUGAUCCGGUCGAUUGAGAAUAGGUUGAGCCUUCACAGGAAGCGAAUCGCUGGAGCGAGGACAUGA